UUUUUUGCCUUUGAGUGCGAGGCGUGGAAACGAUGCAUUGAGCAGACCGUCAUGCUCACCAAGGUCUACCGACAAACAGACAAUCGUGAGUUGCUUGCAUCCUCACGACCUCCGCCUUAGCUGACACCCUCCAGAAUUUGUCUCCCUCCUGAAUGAGCUUCGCCGCGGCACGAUCUCGCCCUCCGCCCAGCGCACCUUCUCCUCCCUCUCUCGUCCCCUCCCGCCCACACCCACCGGCCUCCUGCCCACUGAACUGUACCCGCUCCGUGCGCAGGUCGACAGCGCCAACAAUGGGCGCCUUGCGCGGCUGUCCGGGCCCAUGCGCAAAUAUGCUGCGCGAGACUCGGGUAGCAACCCGCGGAUGCUGGAACAAAUGGUCGCCCCGGUUGAGCUUGUGCUCAAGUCGGAUGCGCAGGUGAUGCUCAUCAAGAACGUCGAUGAGCGCCUCGUGAAUGGCUGCGUCGGGCGCGUGCUCGGGUUCUUCUCGACGGCGGCGUGCGGUGCGUCUGUGGGCAUGGAUGGUGUCCUGGGUGCGAGCACGGGGAAGAAGCCGAGGUCGUCGUCGCAGGAGUCGCUCACCAGCAACACAAAGGGCGGUGGAUUCGUACGGAAUGUGCAGGUGGGACCUGACGGGAGAACGCCGGUGGGACUUUGUGUUGAGCCUAAGGUGGAAAACAAAGAAAACCUCGCGGCCCCACCUGUGAGCCAUGAGGUAAAGGGCAAUACAUCGGCGAAGCCUGCGUCAGCUGCGUCUCCCAGUAAUGGGGGUAUCAAGAACAAGAGCGUAGCAAAAGACGAAGAGCUAUUCCCCCUCGUAGAGUUCCGCACCGCCCAUGGAACAGAGAUCGUCCUCAUCUCGCUCUCUCCCGUGCUGCCUCUCUUGAUGGUCUGCAGGUUGUCGGCUUUGAUCCGAAGAAGGUCAAGGCGCAUCCGAGAGUCGUUGAAUGGAGUUUGACUCUCGAGAAAUUGGCCGAGAAGCAGGAAGCGUCUGACACCUCUGCAAAGCAGUAGGAAUGGACUGGACAUCGACUUUUUUAUUGACUAACUUACUCGUUAGUAUCCUAGACUGUACUCUUAGGAAGUCAAUCAAAUAAUCCGCUAGGCUGUAGCCAGUGAUGUAUUAUUUAUCCAUUCGAGCUCGUCUCCCUUGGAGAUAUACUUUUGUC